CACAGGGAUGUAAUCGUGACAGUAAAGAUGACCCUGUUGGCAGGUGAUGGCUCCGACUACGACUACAGUGCCCUUAGCUGUGCCUCUGAUACCUCCCUCGAUCAACCCCCCCAACAAGAGGAGGAGGCUCAGAAGGGAGCCUUCUACAAAAGGGCCCAGCUGGCCCCCGAGCUCAGGGCCGUCCCUGACAGCACCUCCCUGUCCGGCGCUAGGAAGAUCCAUGCUAUCAUUAACGUGGGUGGCCUGCGCUACCAGAUGCCCUGGACCACUUUAGAGGAUUUCCCUCUUUCCCGCCUGGGCCAGCUGCAUCUUUGUAGCAGUUUUGAUGAGAUUAUGCGCCUCUGUGAUGACUACGAUGUUGCACACAACGAGUUCUUCUUCGAUCGCAGCCCCUGCGCCUUCAGGACCAUCCUGACUUACUUGCGGGCGGGUAAACUGCGUUCCCUCAGGGAGAUGUGCGCCCUCUCAUUCAGGGAGGAGCUGCUCUACUGGGGUGUCCCAGAGGAGAGCCUGGAGUGGUGCUGCCGCCGGCGCCUGCUGCAGCGCGUGGAAGAGUUUGAAGCGAUGGAGAGAGUAGAAGAAGAGGAUGAACUCUUUGAGGAUCUGUUGGAUUGUGAGAACGGGAACAGGGAGCGCAAAGUAGAGUCCAGAAUCAACUGGUGCAUGAGCAAACUGAGAGACAUGGUGGAGAGACCUCAGUCCGGCCUGCCGGGAAAGAUCUUUGCUUGUUUGUCAGUGUUGUUUGUUACCAUCACAGCCAUCAACCUCUCCAUCAGCACCAUGCCAGCUAUGAGAGAAGAGGAGGAAGCGGGCACAUGUUCCAAGAUGUGUUACAACAUCUUCAUCGUAGAGACCGUCUGCGUGGCCUGGUUCUCCUUGGAGUUCUCCCUGCGCUUCAUCCAGGACCGCAGCAAACUCACCUUCUUCAGGAAGCCUCUCAACCUGAUCGACGUGGUGGCCAUUCUGCCCUACUACAUCACGCUGCUGGUGGACAGCACGUCCAAGGGGGAAAAGCGUCUGGGCUCUGGCAGCAGCUACCUGGACAAAGUGGGCUUGGUGCUCCGCGUGCUGCGGGCGCUGCGCAUCCUCUACGUGAUGCGGCUGGCUCGCCAUUCGCUGGGCCUUCAGACCCUCGGCCUGACGGCGAGGCGUUGCACCAGGGAGUUUGGGCUGCUCCUCCUUUUCCUGUGCGUGGCUAUUGCUUUGUAUUCACCGUUGCUGUACCUGAUAGAGAACGAAAUGGCCGCCACACAGGAGUUCACAAGCAUCCCUGCAACCUAUUGGUGGGCUGUGAUCACUAUGACAACAGUAGGUUACGGCGACAUGGUGCCCAGGAGCAUCCCGGGUCAGGUGGUGGCUCUCAGCAGCAUCCUGAGCGGUAUCCUCCUGAUGGCGUUCCCUGUCACCUCCAUCUUUCACACCUUCUCCAGGUCCUAUGUGGAGCUGAAGCAGGAGCAGCAGAGGAUCCUGCAGAGGAGGACACACUUUCUGCUGCGCAGCCGCAUGGCCGGCCUGGGCAGCAACCUCUCCUUAGAGAGUGACAUCCUCUUCCCCAUAGCGCCGGCUGAAACCAGAAAUAUGGACAACUGAGGGAUGAGUGUGACUAAAAAGGGGAUCAAACCAUAAAAGGACAUGUGGAAGACAUGAUGAGGGAAGAUCAGUAUGGAGUGCUUUUUGUAAAGUUAAGCAGUCUAAAAUUAGGAGCAAUAUUUAUGUUUACAGGUGUUGCAUUUGGUAGCACAGCUGCCUUUCAGCAACAAGGUGCUGGGUUCAAUUCCCGGCCCAGGGUGUCAUGAUUUUACUAAAGGUCUGACCCAAAAUGCAGAAGACCAAACAGAGAGACCAGGGAAAAGUUUAACAGGUUUAUUGAAGAGUUAAGGCUCGGUGCAGAGUUGCUCUGAACUCAGCUCGACCGGAACUGGAAGGUGAAGGGAAGACAAACGAUUAGUUCAGGCUCAGUGGGAAAUUUCAAUCGUGGAUUUGGUUGUUGACUCACGUUUCCAGAGAAGUUGUAGGAUCUUUGACUCCAAAC